AUGACUGUUGCCCAGUGGAUGCGAUGGGAGGUGCCAUUGUUGCUCAUCAUAUCUUUCUAUCUCACCAGAACAGUCUAUCGCCUUUUCUUCCAUCCUCUUACGAGAUUCCCCGGCCCAAAAAUCACAGCAGCAACCGGUCUGUACGAAUUUUACCACGAUGUCGUUCGAGGGGGAAAGUUCCUGUGGGAGAUUGAGCAAAUGCACCAAGUUUACGGGCCUAUUGUGCGAAUAACUCCUUGGGAGAUACACGUCAAAGACCCCCAUUUCUACGAUGAAAUCUACACCUCGGCACGAAAAUGCAACAAAGACCCCAACUUCGUCGGCAUGUUUGGAUCACCAACCUCUAUGAUCGCAACCGUCGACCAUGGACAUCACCGGUUCCGUCGGGGAAUAUUGAGCAGUUUCUUUUCCAAGCGCUCAAUCAGAGAUAUAUCACCCCUUAUCAGGAGAAAAGUGCAGAGGCUCAUGGAGCGGCUCGCGGAGUUCUACCAAACCGACACUGAGGUGGAUCUCAGCGCUGCAUUUGCGGCCUUGACGGCAGAUAUAAUCUCCACCUACUCCUACGGCGAGAGUUUCGACUUCCUCGAGGACGGGUCGUUCCACAGCGAGGUGCGCGACGCCAUUAUGGAGACCGAAAAGUUAGAUCAUAUCAGUCGAUUGUUUCCAGUCGUGUUGACGGUUAUUCGACAUGUUCCGGUAUGGGCCUUUGCGAUUGUUAAACCAGCGACUGCCGUUAUUGCGGGAAUACAGAAACGAGUAGCGGAGAAGUCUGCUAAGGCGCUCAAAAUGACUGGAUCAAGCAAGGAAGAAUGGACCAUGUUCGAUGCACUUACUGACCCAAAGCUGCCCGCUUGCGAACGAACGAUGUCGAGGAUUCAUGACGAGGGCAUGAUCCUCCUUAGUGGCGGCACAGAACCUACGGCUAAUGCAUUGACAGUUGCCGCGUUCCAUAUGAUCAACCAGAAGGAUAUUCUAACCACUAUACGCGAAGAAGUUCGGGCCAGUGGACGCGAUGUUAAGAAAGCGUCUUUGGCUGAACUUGAGCAGUUGCCGUAUUUGACUGCAGUAGUCAACGAGGCCCUCCGCCUCUCUCACGGCCUUUCUAUCCGUUCUCCACGAAUAUCACCUACAGAAGCCCUGACUUAUAAAAGCUACGUCAUUCCGGCUGGUACCCCCGUAGGUAUGUCCAACUACUUUGUCCACAUGGAUCCCUCGAUUUUCCCACACCCUGCUUCCUUCAACCCGAACCGGUGGAUUGAAGCUAGCAAGAGGGGAGAGAAACUUGACCGAUUCAUCACCGCGUUUGGGAAAGGAAGUCGGCAAUGCAUUGGUAUCAAUCUCGGCUACGCAGAGCUUUACUUCGCCCUCGCCUCCUUCGCAACGUUCUUUGACUACCAGUUGCAUGACACUACGGAGGAGAAUGUCCGCGUUGCGAGGGAUCGGGGUGUCCCAUUCCCUGAAGCUGGACAUUUGACGUGUCUCUGGCGUAUGUGGCCUAGUGAGGGCAUGAUUUUGAAGGCACAAAUAUCUCCUGAAUUCCGACAAUGCCUCCUCAUCGUUGCAACUCGCAAGGCCUAUGCGCGAAAUGGGUCUAUGUUAUAA